UUGGUCAGAGCCUUUGUGAAUUAAGGUAACGAUAUGCAUGUCUAUAAAUUUUUUCUAUUAAAAAAAAAAUAUAUAUAGCAACAUUUAUUCAGGUUUCUGAUUAAGCAGGUUAUCAUUAAUUAAUUAGCUUACUGAUUAGCAAAAUUGAUCAAAUUCUGAGUAAUCAAAAUAUAACUAAUCGACAAAUUAAUCACUUUAAUUAAUCAAAACUGAUUAUUCUUUGAUUAAUUAACUUAUUAGGUUUCGAUUAAUCAGCUCGUUUCAUUAAUUGAUUAAUCGCACAACCCUACAUAUUUUUUUUUGGUUUCUCAGUGAUUCUAUGAAUUUUCAAGCGAUCUACAUACAUACUUUUAUAAAAAAUUCUCAAAAAUAAAUAAAUACACAUAACUAGUAAACAAUAUCACUUUGAAAGGGAGGUGCUAUUGAUGUGAACGAUGCUGUACAUUGGCCGAGCUUCUGUUCCAAUUUGCGGUGAGGGUCUUUUGAUUUUACACAAAUAAAGAAACCUACAGUUUACCGCCGCCUCCAAACGGCAACUGGUUUUCAUGAGAAGUUUUUUCACCCAGCAUCGUUCCCCAAAAUUUUAAGGGAAUUUAUGUAUUUUCUCGUUACAAUAACAACAGUAGAUUUUUUUAUGACAGUAGUACACCUGGAGAUUUGCCAUUGCAUGCGACCGUUAUUUUAGAAUAUCUUAUAUUUAUUUUUGGGAUGCUUCUCGGACCUGCUGGCAGUACACAUCUCUAACCAAUCGUCUGCAGUGGCAGCGUAUUCAAAUUUGCCAGAUUUAUCCAGCUAAAUAGCAUUUUGUUUGACUUAAAAUCUCAACAAUUUGUAUAUGUAUUACGUUCUGUUAUCAGUAGCAGCUCUUUCUAAAAGCUCACAUAUGUACAUACAUACCGAUCUUUGCUUGUGUUUGAAUAAACAAAACACGUUUUCUCUCUCUAAAUAGCUUAUAAAUUCAAUCUAAUCUCAGUUGAUUAGCAUUCCUAGUUUUACUAUUCAAUAGCAUUUAACUUCGUAUUUGCUGUAGCUGCGUAAUUAAAUUUUUAAUAUUAAAAUAAACUACUAUUUCUGGAAAAGUUAAAAGGCUAGAAAAUAAUAAUUUUAAAACAUGGCAAGCAAUGGUUUCAAACCGCGCACAUUUCCCAAACACUCCCCCUUGAUAUGUUACAACAAACCUGCCUCAGCACAGGUCAACCAACAGGAAUACGACGAUAAGCGUUUUGAAGCGCUCCAAGGAGAGCUCAUCGAGACAGUGAUCGUGCCAAAGCGCACCGCGCGCACCUGGACAAUGCAGACUGGCGACUUGUGUCGCAUCACCGUCUGCGAAGGCUCACAGGUGGGCGAUGUUAAUUUGUGGAACUUAGAUAAUACCAAGGAACGUUUCUACUCGGGCAAGACGCGCCAACUGCAUAGCUCACAUCUGAAAGUGUACGAUCGCUUGUGGAGCAAUUUACCAUAUUUACGUCCGAUGGCCACUUUCGUUUACGAUUCGCUUGCAGCCUACGGCAUUGAUGAGGAUGGUGGUUCAUUACAUGAUGUGAUCGGUACGCGUUGUGACGAUUACACUUAUAAGCUAAUCACCGGCAAAGAGCGUGUGGGCAGUUGCCAUAGUUCGUUGACCAAAGCAGUGGUCGAGGAGCGCGGCAUGAAGGAGGAAGAUGUACAUGAUGUAUGGAAUAUUUUCAUGUGCACCGGUUUUACGAGAGAUACUCAACAGUAUUUUUGCAAGCCCAGUCCAGCUCGCAAGGGUGAUUACAUUGAAUUUGUAGCUGAUAUGAAUCUCUUAGUGGCGUUAAGCGCUUGUCCACAAGGUGACGUGUCCAUAACAGUGGGCGAAGAAGUACCUGAUGAAGUCUGUCAUCCACUUAAGGUGGAAAUUUUUCGCAAAAAGCACAUAUAAAAUUAUAGCGUUUAUGAGUAGUAAUAAAUAUCCAUAAUCUGGAAAA